AUGCCGCUAUUCCAGCGCGUCUUUGUCAAAAAGGACAAGUCGACAAACACGCUCCAGACGCCCUCUGUGACCUCGAGUGUUGGCCGGACUCCUUCAAAUUCGUCUCAGCAGUCGUCGGAUUAUGUCCUCCCAGACCUCAACACUCCGCCCGACGCCAAUGGCGAGCAUCCACGCUCCCACUCGCCCUCGCCGUCGAAACAACUCGGUGCCUACGCGAGCUCGACGACAAAGAGUUUGGGAUCCUCUUCACGGUCCAGGCUCGCCAUGCCUGGCUUUAAACGCAAGCAGACGGCUCCAGACAAAGAGCCUACAAGCCCCCGUGCGUCGUGGUCCGAGCCGCUAGACUCACCGCCGUCGCGCUCGUCCGUGUUCAACAAUUCGUUUGGUCGCACUUCCUCUUCCCAGUCUCUCCCAGGCUCAUCCUCCAGGCAUCUGGAGCCACCUCCACAGUUGCCGCCGAUUCGGCUUCGCGACAAUUCUCCAGCCCGGCGAUCACCGGUCCACCAGACUCUUCCGAUCCCAAAAACACCUGAGAUGCGCACUUCUAAUACCGUCAAAGUCUUCAACUGGGGCUCAAAGCCCACAAAGGUCACAAAAGCACCGCAGCUUGACCUUCACAUUCCCUCGACCACCUCCGAUCCAUUGGAUUCAUUUAAUCUCAAAUCAUUCAGACCUGUCCGACCCGCUUCUCCUUCCAAUGCGCUCGAUCUCAAUCUUCCCCCAUCAUUGCUCGACCAACCCUUGCACCAAUCCCCCCAUCAUUCCCCUUCCUCCCUAGUGCCUCCCUCACCGAUUGGCACCCGUCCACGCGGAACGUCACAAGCCUCGGAUUCCUCACCAAAAAUGACCGUGGCCCAAUUCCGCCAGGCCCAGGCAGAGUCUGCAAAGAAUCGCAGUUCGGUACAUUUACCAGUCCCCGACCAUCCUUCAGACGGUAUGCCGCCAGGAAACGUGCCCUUGCACGUCAACCUACGACCCGUCAGCCCGAACCCUGCUACGCUUCCACCGGGAGCAAAGAACGCAGAAGGAGGAGCGGCGAGUGGCAAUGAAAGUGGUGGCGAGGGGUCACUCUCACGACCCGCGAGACUGGGCCCGCCGCAACCCAUAGGUCGAUCUUCCCCUAUCCCACGAGAACGCACCCCCGUCGGCACCUCAUCGCCGGUCCAACCACGACCAGGCUCUCGUGCACAGACACCGAAUGGGACUCGCUUGUCCGCCAAAUGGAUGCUCUCCGACACGUCUGACUCGGACCCGAGUAGUGGCGCCGAGAGCGAUGAGGAUACGGAACGACAGCGAGCUGGACGACCUUUGCGAAAGCCGCCGCUUAUUGGAGAUUUGAACAAGCUAAAGGGGAGGAAUUCGCCGCAGCCUUCUGGAAAUUUUCCCUCGUCGUUUGCUUCUUCAACUUCUUUGCGUGCUGGUCUCUCUGGUGCGCAAUCAGAGUUGGGUCAUGGAAGUACGACUACUUUAAAUCGUCCUUCGCAAUCCAUCACUCCUCCCAAGGCGCCAACACCCAACUCUAAUCGCAAUUCACCCUCUCCCGCGCCGUCGCCCAACGCCAAUAUCAAACCAGGACAGUAUAGCGCCCCAAGAGGAUCAAUGGACACUGAAGAAUCGGUUGAUGUGUGGUCCAACACUCACUCUGUUGUGCACUCUACCAUGGGUUCACAAGAACAGCUGCGAGGUGGGACACGCUCUGAGCUCGGACACGGAUUGUCACCAAGCUCUCGGGCUUCUGGACCUCGUCGUGUGCCACUUGGGCAAUCGACGUCGAGUCCUCACACACCAUCCAGAUCUCUUUCUGCAAAUGUAUAUGUCCCAACACCGAGCUCGUUUAGUGGGAAGAGCAAUGUUCGAAAAGCGACUCUACCGCCUCCAGAGACGGAUACAGAGGAAGACGAGAGCAAGCAGGUGACUUCGGACGAUGAUGCUCCACUUUCGGCCCUGGUACCCCCUCGUAGACCUGGAUCAGCUCUUUCCAGUCACCGCUCAGGCUCCCCAGUCGGUUCGGCCACCAACCUUCCGCUGAGAACAGUAUCGCCUGCUCGAAAUCAGACGGCAUCCCCGUCUCCGGCGAGGAGCGCGCAGACGCAGACUGGACCCAAAGUAAUACCUCGCGCAUCGGACAAUAGCGCCACCAUCUCGAAAACGUCUAGCAAUCUCGCGCGCUCCAGAGCCAACUCGUCGGCCACAAUGCUCCCUGACAAGCAAGACUUAGAGCCCAGUUCACCGACGACGACGACACGAGGUCGAAGGUCUCUUGCAGACUUGUUUACUGCGUCGCCUUCGUCCUCGCCGUCACCUAGAGCGGGUGACCCACCCGGUGUCGCGCCUUCUCCCAAGUCCAAGUCGUCGAGUCAGGAGGAAGUUGUCAAGACGAAUCCACCCCCGACGAAAUCCAUUUUAAAGUCUGGUUCAUCUCAGACGUUGUUGACACCCUCGACGACGACGCCUCAUGCUCGCGACCCCAAGACUACCGCGUCGGCGCCAUCAAGGCCUGGACCGACCGCGAUACAGCGGAAUCCGAAUCAAUUUAACCGACCGUUGCUUCGCGAGGACAGCCCGGCGAGCUCGAUUGGAAACUCGAGUCUUGGUCCACCCAUGACGCCGCAGACGGGGAGCGACGCUGGCGUGAGCGUGAGGAAUUCUGUCGUCUCGAGUUCGAGUGGCUCGUCUAAUGGGCCAACGAGAGCGAGAGCGAAUGGUGCUCAUAGGAGGAGUGUAUCGUUUGAGGAUGAUCCGGUGUAUCAGCCCGUCAAGAGUGGACAUCGUCGAGAGCCGAGUGAGAUGAAUCUUGGUGCACGAGGACGGGCGAAUACGGCAGAGGAGCAGCGGAAUGAACGAAGGCGGUCCGAGGCCAAGGCUGCUAUCGAGUUGGGCAAGGUUGUCAAUGGUCCUGUGUCGAUAGACCCAGAAGAAGUCAAUCAAGAUCAGCCUUCAUUUUUCCCGAAUCAAAUGCAGAAUUGGGCACAGUGGCAACAGAUGCAACAGAUGCAACAGAUGCAACAACAAAUGCAGCAACAAAUGCAGGCAAUGUCAAUGGGAUUCGGAUCUGGGACGCCUCAGCCGGGGACGCCAUUUGGGAUGAAUCCCAUGAUGUCGAUGAACAUGGGCAACAUGAUGAACUCGCCACAAAUGUUCAAUCCGAUGAUGCAGCAAGGGAUGGGAUUCUCCAUGCCGCCUGUGCCGCCCAUGCCUCCGAUGAUGGGAGUGGGCAUGGAUCCGUCGACGAUGAUGGCGCAUCAGCAAGCGAUGAUGUUUGCCAAGCAAGCUUAUCAACUCGCUGUCGCGCAACAGGCCAUGGCGGCUGCUGGAGACGAGUGGGAGCGGGCGAGCAAUAUGGGUGGAUUCUCUGGAUCACCGACGCGUCCACCGACGCUACUUGGUAUGCCUACGGGAAGUGUCUAUGGAGGCUCUACGCUCGGAAUCUCUCCCUCUCUCGGCUUGGGACUAGGGAUGGGCAUGGGUUCGGGCGGGAGUGUCUGGGGUGGCUCCGUCUAUGGAGAGACAUUUGGACCAUCUCAGUAUCCUCAACGGUUGGCGCAAAAUAGCAAUGGUGCUGGUGCUGGUGCUGGUGCUGGUGCUGGACUAGCUUUUCCUACAAGUGAUUCGGGCGAGGCCGAGCGUGGGGAUCGACCUCAGCCUCGACAGCGUACGAUGACGGCGCCGUCGUCUUCGGUGCCUCCUGCACACCUUCGAGGUGCGGGAGCACCUCCAUUACCUCCACCUUCGAGUUGGAGACCGAAUUAG